CAUGAACUCCAAUUUUCAAGGUUAGAUCAAUAUUUAAGUAAUGUAUUAAUAUCAUAGGUAGAAAAGAAAAUGUAUUUGGAUUGAACAACUAUACACUACCGUUACUGACCGAUUAAAAUCAAUAUUUUGCUGUUACAAAUGCUUUUAGCAAAAUUGAAAAAUAAAUCAUAAAGCGGAAUGGUUUUUCAGAAAAAAUGUAUAAAAGAUAUGUGAUAAUAAUUGAAGAAAUGGGAUGUUCCAGCAGUCAUCAGACUCAACAAAAUGUAAACAAAAAACCAGUUCAGCCACCAGUCCCCCCUCCGCCAAUUUCUCCACCAAAACAACACGACCCUGGAACAGAGGCGAAACAAGAUGUCUCCAAACCUCUUGAAAAAACGCAGACACCUGGAACUGGGCCCGCAGCAGAUGAUAAAGCAACAAAAAAGGGUCGCCCAGCGACUGAGGAAGAGAAGGCAGAGUUCACAAAGUUUUGUGAAGAACAAAAACAGAAAGCAAAGGAAUUAGAAGAUCAAAUCAGACAAAUGAUGGCAAUGUUAGAAAAGACAGGAGCGGGGAGUCCGUCAUCACAGGCUCUCAUUGGCAAUGUUAAUAUGGAAUAUCCAUCCUCUUCGAAAAUAGUCCGUAUCUUCACAAGCAGCACAUUCACAGAUACGAAGCAAGAGAGGAACAUGUUGAUGAAGGUCGCCUACCCGAAGAUAAAGGAACACUGUCGUAAGGUUGGUUACGAGUUUCAGGUGGUAGAUAUGAGGUGGGGUAUCAGGGACGAAGCCACCGAUGACCAUAUGACAACCGAAUUGUGUCUCAAAGAGUUAAAAUUGUGCCAAAAGCUUUCGACAGGACCAAAUUUUGUGUCUUUACUCUCGCACAAGUACGGCUACACACCUUUUCCAAGAGUUAUUGAAGCUGUUGACUUUGAGAAAAUAUUUGACAACAUCGAGGAACCAAAUACAAAAGACUUGUUUCAGAAAUGGUUUACAAGGGAUGAUAACUCUGUACCUCCAGCAUAUAUACUGUCAUCAGUCAGUACACACAUACCGGACUUUCUCAGUAAUGAUAAAGACAAACAGAAGGUGGCCAAGGAUCAAUGGUGGGAAGAGAGUCAGGAGAUGCAGGAGGCACUGUUAGAAACAGUGAAGAAAGCUUUUGACAAGAACAAGGCUAGAAAAUAUAUUAUGUCUGUUACUGAGACUGAAACUGAAGAAGGGCUCAAACCUAAAGGGGCUUCCAAGCAUUUUCUAUGGCUAAACAGAACUAUAGAGGAUAUAGAGCAACAAGAGAGUAGCCAUGCCUUGUCUAGAUUUAUGGAGUGCCUUGGUCCAGAAGAAAAAGUGAAAAGAGCAAGACAGAUGUUAAAGGAACUGAAAGAGGAUAAAAUGCAGAAGACUCUAGAUCCAGAUAAGAUUCUGAAUUACAGUGUAAAUUGGAGCCUUUCAGGGGGUAUUGAUCCUGAUGGUUCUGAGGAACAUAGAAAGUAUCUGGAAUCACUGUCAAAUGGCUUUGUUGAACACAUGACUGGUAUGAUUGACAAAUCGAUCGCAGAGAAGGAAAAGGUCAACGAUCCAUUGAUUGAGGAAUGUAUUCAACACAUACGAUUCUGUCAGUCCAAGUGCGAAGGUUUCGCUGGAAGGAAAGAAACAUUAGAGCAAAUCAAAAGUUACCUCACCAGCACUAGCACACCGAACCAGCCAUUCGUGCUACACGGAACAAGCGGCACUGGUAAAACAUCGAUCCUUGCAAUGGCAGCAAAAAUGGCUGGCCAGUGGAUGGGCAGACAACCUAUGGUCAUUUUGAGAUUUUUGGGGACUUCACCUGAGAGUUCAGACCUAAUGUCUCUGUUAUACAGCAUCUGUUCACAAAUCAGGCGGGCUUAUAAGCUACGGGCUAUGCCAAGGACACAGGAAAUAACUUAUCAGAUCGCUGACUUUAAAUUACUGAUGUUAAAAGGGCGUCCGGAUCUGAAGUUGUUACUCAUCCUAGACUCCCUGGACCAGUUGGACCAUGCAUACAAUGCAAGGCAAAUGGCCUGGUUAUUCACGAAACUGAAUCCCCAAACAAAAGUGAUCCUAUCAACACUACCAGAACCUGUUUACCAAUGUUUCCCAGCUCUACAGGCUAGUAUCACAAAUGUCCAAAACUUUGUGGAAGUGCCAGUGCUGGAAAAGUCAGACGUUCGAACAAUUCUGGAUAACUGGUUACAAAUGCGAAAACGGAAACUGACCGACAAACAAAUGCAAGUGAUUCUUAAAGCCUUUGACCAGUGUCCAACUCCACUUUUCCUUAAACUGUCCUUUGAGGAGAGUACAAGUUGGACAUCUUUUCAUUCGGUCGAGAAAACCAUUUUACAGACAACUGUCCGAUCAAGUAUUGAACACUUGUUUGAGAAGCUGGAAAAGUUACACGGGAAAAUACUUGUUUCCAGAGCGUUGGCAUACUUGACAUUGACAAGAAAUGGAGCUUCAGAGGCUGAGCUCGAGGACAUACUGUCGUGUGAUGAUGACGUAUUAAAUGAUGUGUACAUGUACUGGACACCUCCAAUGCGGAGGUUGCCUCCCUUACUGCUGGUCAGAAUCAGAAAUGAUUUAAGCCAGUAUCUAGUGGAGAGAGGGGCUGAUGGGACACGAGUUCUCUAUUGGUACCACCGACAGUUCACGGAAGCAGCAGAAGCCCGUUAUUGCUCAAAUCUUGAACAGAACAAAUUAAUUCAUGGAAAUCUGGCGGAUUUCUUUAACGGAACAUGGGCAAAUGGAAAAUCAAAACCCUAUACAACAUCAAAAGGUGAGAAGGGGGAAGACGAUCGUCAUGUUGCUGCGCAACCGUUAAAAUUCGGCAAAAAGGAGUAUAAUGUUCGCUCCCUUAGCAAUCUGCCAUACCACAGAAUCAGAGCUGGUCAGCAAAAACUUCUUGAGCAGCAAUGCCUGGCCAACAUUCACUUUCUUUUGUGUAAACUAGAAGCCAUGCCGCUGAUAGUAACUAUUGACGAUUUCACCGCCGCAAGAGAAUGUUUUCCUGACAAUGAACUGAUCAGGAUGAUACAUGAAUCACUGUUGUUGUCACAGAAAGGUCUUGUCACUGAUCCAGGUCAAGUCGUUCCUCAGCUGCUGGGAAGACUUGAGGAGAAUAAUGUAACCAGAGACUUUUUGAAGCAGUGUAGAGCCUAUCCAAAGACUUUCAUUGAGCCCACAAAGCGGUUAUUAGACAGACCAGGCGGACAACUUGUCCACUGUAUAGCCGCUCACACCUCAGAUAUAGACAUGAUGGACAUGACAAGGGAUGGGAGCCUUGUCCUUACAGUGUGUCAGUCAGAUAAGGAAAUUAGUCUUUGGGACAUUCAAGCUGGUAGCUUGAAAAGGAAGGUGAUAAACAAGGGACAGAGCACACACGCUGUAUUCUGUAAUAAUGACCGGAUGAUAGCUUGUGAAAAAGACAAGGUCGUUGUUAUUGAAGACGUUUAUACAGGUAAACUGUGCUUUAAUGUCGCGCUUACAUCAAAAAUAGCGAACACGAGCAUAUGCGUUGCUGGAAAAGACAAAAGCUUGUUACUGGCAUUCAACAAGCAGUCAUGUCUUAUAUUUGACCUUAAUAAAGAAGGUCAGCUCAUUCAAACACUAAUACACACAGAGAAAAUGAAGUUUGGGGCACUCUGUUUACCGUACGGUACCAACAACUAUGUUGCGGUGUUAGAUGACGAUCAGCACUUUAUCACCGUCCUUGACCUUGAAACAAUGACCUUUAUGAAGAAGUUUAGAGGUUUUGAGAAAGUCCCCACGGAAGACGGCGACUAUGAUGAACAUGAGGUAGAAGCUCUUGCAAUACACCCUGACGAAACCCACCUUGCGUACACAACAAUGUUCACCAGUGAAAUUGUGUUCGCUGAUUUUAAUGGAAACAAACUAAAAAGUAUACCAGCGGAUGAUGAAAAAUCGUUCCGGAGUUUAGACUUCACUCCUGAUGGGCGACACAUCUUUGUUCAUGAUGGAAACAAACUUCUCUUUUUCAAUACCGCAAGUUUGGAGGAAAUUGACGUCUUGGAGCAUAGUAAAGACUUGAUUGCAGCAAAAACAAGAGAUAUGAAAACAGUUGUUACGGUUGCCGAAGACAGUAACCUCCGGAUCUGGGACAGAACCAAACAAAAACAGACUGUGAAGGAGUCCGAACAGAAUAACUUAUCACAAGCUAUUCCAAAUGUCGGACGAUUACUGCAUCUGCCGUCCUCUAGAUAUAUUUUCGUGGAUGGUAAAAAAUCGAAAAACGAUACUGAUAAAAUCUGCGGCGUUUAUGACAUCAUAAAAGAAAAAUUUGUGAAAUUGAGGACAUUGGCAGGUGUCGAUGGUUUGAAAGGCUACACAAUUAACGAAAGAAAAGUGAUAUUUGCGAUCAGCAGAAAAUUAUAUGUAUUCAAUUUGGACACAAUGGCUGUAGAGGUGACGUUACAAGGAUUCAUGGAUAAAUGCAGAAAAGAUGUACUGGUGACCAGCCGGAAUCAACUAAUUGCCGUCACAAAAGGCCAGAAAAAUCUAAAAGUAUAUGACCUCAGUACUGGCAAAGUUGUGUGCAUCUUAAAGGCGGGACAAAAGAUGGAUAUUGAGUCAUUUGUGGUGAACAAAACUGGUACUCUGGUAUGUGCGAAUACUGACGAGGGUCCCUUGCUCCUUUUCGAUAUAGCUGGCCAAAGAUUGUUGUAUACAAUUCCAGCAAAGCCCGGAUAUUCCGAUUUCAUCGGCUUUCACAAAUUGAUUAACAGCGAUGGUACCAGACUUCUGUUCAGCACUGAUCUACCAUUACCCGGGCUGCCACAAGGCGACGACGUUGACCAUCUAAUUGUUUGGGAUAUUCAAAACAAAAAAGAAUUGUUUCGACUGUAUGACAUUGCGUAUGAAAAGAAGUACAAGGCGAUGAAAAGCGACCAAUCGACAUCAGUUGACGACGUUUUUGAACUGGACAACCAAAGAAUUCUAACAACAAGUUAUGAUAAUAUUCUUCGUAUAUACGACUUGAACACAGGAAAGCUUCUCAACAGGUUGGAGGGUCAUACCACGUCAGUGAAGGUUGAUUUAAAUGAAAAAGCGCCCUACAUUCUAACAUACGGCUGCUUUAAUGAGGAAGACUGCGUUCGAAUAUGGGACAAGAAUACAUGCGCACAAAUUGCUACCUUUUCACUGGAUAAGUCGAUUAGUGAUGUGCGGUGGAGUUGGUGCGGAAGGUUUAUAUACUCAAUAACUACAUUGGGUACUCCAGAGAUGGUGAGAUGGAACAUUCAUUAUGGACAUCCAUACGUUUCAGAUAUCGAUUUUGAUGCAAUCGAAGGAACUUUCUCAACGAAAGUUGAUUCUGAGCCUUUGAAGAUUGAUUUUCCUGACUACAAACACAAAGUUGUAUAUGAAGAAGGGGAUCCUGAUACAGAUCCUGAAAUUCCGAGUGAUGACGACGACGACGACGAUGAUGAUGAUGCUUGAAACUGACAGAGAAAAUUAGAGUAUUUCAACGACGGGAGAAACGUCACAUGUCUAUGCUUGUUAAAGCAUUGAUUUUCAAUUAGCUGUAAUGCUCAAUUAGUUUUACAUUUGUGACAAAUGCUUCCAUAAGCUGCAUGCCUGAUAUUAUAGGGACAAUAUCUUACAGGUGAAGAUGAAGAUGAGAGAGAGAGAGAGAGAGAGAGUUUGCCGUAAACCCUUGACAUACUAUGUUAACGUACUCCAUAUUUAUUUUCAGAAAUAUGUACCUAUUUGAAAAGUUGAAGCAUGUUUGUUAUUGUAUAUUCUACAGCCUCCUCAUUUUGUACAUAAAUAUAUAAAUAUGAAAUGAAUGUUAAAUUCAAACUCAUAUACGGAAGCUGCAAAAUACACUUUUCAGCGUCUUUCUUUAUCAGGAUUUGACAUAUUUAUUUCUAAAUUAUAUUUACAAUUUUCAAGCAUUACAGACAAUGUUAGUAUUACUUUACAUACCUAGAGCUGUUUUUGUCUGAUAACAGGUUCAUUCCAUAUAACUACUUUCAGUAUAAUAUCAUUUCAUUUAUAGCAAAUAUGAUUUUAUUUGUUAUUAAAUUAUUCUCUUAUA